CCAUAGGUACCACCCCAGCCGCCAAGAUGUCCAGCAAACGUGCCAAAGCCAAGACCACCAAGAAGCGCCCCCAGCGCGCCACCUCCAACGUCUUUGCAAUGUUCGACCAGUCGCAGAUCCAGGAAUUCAAGGAAGCCUUCAACAUGAUUGACCAGAACCGCGACGGCUUCAUUGACAAGGAGGAUUUGCAUGACAUGCUGGCUUCCCUUGGGAAGAACCCCACUGAUGAGUACCUGGAGGGCAUGAUGAGCGAGGCGCCAGGGCCCAUCAACUUCACCAUGUUCCUCACCAUGUUUGGGGAGAAGCUGAACGGCACUGACCCGGAGGACGUCAUCCGCAACGCCUUCGCCUGCUUUGAUGAGGAGGCGUCAGGUUUCAUUCACGAGGACCAUCUGCGUGAGCUGCUGACCACCAUGGGAGACAGGUUCACUGACGAGGAGGUGGACGAGAUGUACCGGGAGGCGCCCAUCGACAAGAAGGGCAACUUCAACUACGUGGAGUUCACCCGCAUCCUGAAGCAUGGUGCCAAGGACAAGGACGAUUAGAGCCCAGGGCCGCUCACCCCCUCUGCCUCUUCCUGCACACCCCCUCCACUCCUCGGCCCCCCUUGCUGCCCCACAGCAGGCUCCUCCCUGGGAAACCCCCCAGGACCAGCACCCUGCAUCGGGU